UCCGGAAGCAAAAAUAGCCAAAACGGAGGAACCAGAUUUUGCAGACCAUUGUCCGAGGACUUGUCUCAAGAACACACGCUGAAUACCCGGCGAUACCACCGAAUGUGAUGUCUCAUAAAAGAGGUGAAGCUCGCUCUCUGUGCCCUCUUAAAACAAACAAGAAAAAAAGAGUAUCUGGUUGUUCCUGGGGGUGCACGCACACACAAAAUAAAUCUCGCGGGCAAAAAGAAAACAAUCUCUGCCACCUCCACGCUCUGUUGUCCACACAGAAUGACACAAAAAAAGCAAUGAAUGACUAAUAUGGAAGAAUCAAAACAGUGAAAGAAAAAUUCUUCACACGCUCGUCUUGAUGCUCUCAUGCUAAUUCAUAUUUCUCUCUUUUUUUUCUCUCUCUCCAAUUUUUUUUCUUUCUCCCUCCCCGGAAGAUGAGGUCCGCGCGAAAACCACCUGCGACAAGGCGGACACACGCUAUGUGUAUGGCUGAUUUUGGGGGGAAUCCACCAACGAGGAUGAAUCCUUUUCUGUUCUGUGUCUAAUCCUGGCUCAUGGCAACCGAAAAUGCCUUUUAUUGCGACUCCCAUUUAUGAACUUCGACAGAUUGGCGAUGUUAAGUUCGGACCGGGUGCUAGGUCGGCUCUCCUGGGGAUUCUCGGUGGAGCCCUACCGCGAUUGUCGUCGGAACAACUGGAGACAGUGACGCGGGCUAAGAAGUACGCCAUGGAGCAGAGUAUUAAGAUGGUUCUCAUGAAGCAAACCCUUGCACAUCAACAGCAACAAUUGGCAAGUCAGAGGACUCAAGUUCAGCGACAGCAAGCCCUUGCGCUCAUGUGCAGAGUCUACGUGGGAAGUAUCUCAUUUGAGUUGAAGGAAGACACCAUCCGGGCAUCAUUUCUCCCAUUUGGCCCCAUUAAAUCCAUCAAUAUGUCUUGGGAUCCGGUGACGCAGAAGCACAAGGGAUUCGCAUUUGUUGAAUACGAAAUACCAGAGGGGGCGCAAUUGGCGUUAGAACAGAUGAAUGGUGCCAUGCUAGGGGGGAGGAAUAUAAAAGUUGGACGACCCAGUAAUAUGCCACAGGCACAGCAAGUUAUCGAUGAGAUUCAGGAAGAGGCAAAAAGCUACAAUCGCAUCUACAUUGCAUCAAUUCAUCCCGAUCUAUCGGAAGAGGAUCUCAAGAGUGUCUUUGAGGCAUUUGGGCCAAUUAUCUAUUGUCGCAUCUCACAAGGGAGUUCACUGCAUUCGCACAAAGGUUAUGGCUUUAUUGAGUAUGCCAAUAAAGUGGCGGCCGAUGAAGCUAUUGCCAGUAUGAAUCUUUUUGAUUUGGGCGGUCAGUUGCUUAGAGUUGGACGUUCCAUAACACCACCAAAUGCUUUAGUUGGUCCCACAACUAAUUCCUCAAUGCCGACUGCGGCUGCUGUUGCAGCAGCAGCUGCAACUGCCAAAAUUCAAGCAAUGGAUGCUGUUGCAACUAAUGCUGUUCUAGGUCUUUCAGCUGCAGCACCAUCAUUGGGUUUGUCAACAUUACCAACAAUCACCGCACCCACGUGCAUCCCCUCUGUGAUGGGGCACACGGCAAAUUCAGCUGUUUCCGUGUCUGCAGCCGCUGCUGCUGCUGCUGCCGCCGCCGCUGCUGCAGCUGCCGCCGCCCAGCAGCAUCCUGCCGCAGUGACGAGUGUAACAGCGGGACUCCAGGUACCGGGUGUGGUGGCAUUGUCGCCUGUCAGUACGGUGGCAUCACUGCAUCCCCCGCAGGUGGUUAAUCCCGUAUUGGGGGCUGUUACGCAAGCCACGGCUGUUACGUCGUCACCCAAGACAGCUGCCGUGGCGGCGGCAGCAGCUGCAGCGGCUGUUGUAUCGUCCACAUUGGCGGCACAGGCGGCGGCGGGUCAGAGUGCAGCUGAGAGUGUCCUGAAGAAGGCACAUGAGCGUCAGCAGGAGGAGUUGCAGAAGAAACUCCUCGAGGAGGGGGAGCCGCAGACGUUGCAGCAGCAGGAAACAAUGUCAAUUAAAGGUCAAAGUGCCCGGCAUCUCGUGAUGCAGCGCCUCAUGCGACCCACCGAUAGUCGUGUUGUCAUCCUGCGGAAUAUGGUGGGCCCCGAGGAUGUGGAUGAGAUGCUGCAGGAGGAGAUUCAGGAGGAAUGCAGUAAGUUUGGGGUUGUGGAGCAGGUGAUAAUUUACAAGGAGAAACAAACGGACAACGAGGAGGAUGAUGAUGCGGAUGUGAUUGUGAAGAUCUUUGUGGAGUUCAAUGUGCCAGGAGAGGCGCUGAAAGCUCGUGAAGUUCUCCAUGGGAGGUACUUUGGGGGGCGUCUCGUACAGGCACAGCUCUACGAUCAGGCGCUAUUUGAUCAUGGUGAUCUCUCUGCAUGAAUUCCCUUCUUCCGGAUCUUCCUGUGCGCUCUCUUUCACUGUUGCCGUGUCCAUGGAGAUGAUGAUUGAAUAAAAAUAAUUGUAAAAUGUG